AUGCCUCAGCACCAAAAGAAUCCACAAUGCUUAUAUGAUCAGUGCUUUCAGACCUGCAGUGAGAUCCAAGAUAUGGAGGUUGACCAGGUCUCCAAGGCUCUGCAAGAGACCCAUCUCUCCUCUUAUCCUCUGAUACCUGGCAAUUCCAAGGAGGCUCCUGAUGCUGGUAAACCCAGUACCCCUGAGAGUCAUCAGAGUUUCUGCUCAUCUUCCAUCGCCAUGACAACCACCUCAUCAAGUGAAUUGAAUGAGGGCGCCAGUGGCCAAGAAGAAGAGGUUGGCAUCUCAUGGGUUGGGUCCACCCCCAAGAAUGUGCCCAUACGUGCUCUAGAUGAGAAAGUGAUUUCGUUGGUCAAUUUCAUGCUCUUCAAGUAUCACAUGAAAGAGCCCGUGACAGAGGCAGAUAUGAAGGUCGUCACCAAAGAGUAUGAAGACCACUUCACCGAGAUCUUCCUGAGAGCCUGUGAGCACAUGGAGAUGGUCUUUGGCCUUGAUGUGAAGAGCGUGGAUCCCACAAACCACUGCUAUGGCCUCUUCAUCAAAUUGGGCCUCACCUAUGAUGGGGUGCUGGAUGGUGAAGAGGGCAUGCCCAAGACCGGCAUCCUGAUCUUUAUCCUGGGUGUGAUCUUCAUGAAGGGCAACAGUGCCACCGAAGAGGAAGUCUGGGAAGUUCUGAAUUUGACGGGGAUAUAUGCCGGGCAGAAGCAUGCCAUCUUUGGGGAGCCCAGGGAGCUCAUCACCAAAGAUUUCGUGAAGGAAAAGUACCUGGAGUACCGGCAGGUGGCCGACAGUGAUCCGGCACAGUUUGAAUUCCUGUGGGGCCCGAGAGCCCACGCUGAAACCACCAAGAUGAAAGUCCUGGAGUUUCUGGCCAAGGUUCAUGGGACUGACCCGAGCUCUUUCCCGUCUCCGUAUGAGGAGGCUUUGCAAGAUGAAGAAGAGAGGGCCCGCGCCAGAAUUUCCUCCCGGUCCACUUCUACUUUUGGGGCCAAUGCGUGUUCUAGGGCCAAGUCCAGCCAUUUCUCUUACUCCUAG